AUGGCGCAAAGUGUCCGCCCUGCAACCGCCCCCUACAGUGAACCCCUUCUCCCGCAGCUUGAUGUCCGCAACCCCUACUACACUGAUCUACACCACAACUUGCGUGCAUGGGUCCGCGACUACGUGGAAACCUCAAUUUCCCCAUACGCGCAGGAAUGGGAGACAGCUGGACAAGUCCCCGAGGAAGUUCGCCGGCGCCACGCUGAGCUCGGAUUCAGUAUCGUUCAUCCUCUUACCACCGAGGAGCAUUCGGCGGGUCUUGCGCUUCCAGGCAACGUCCCUCGCGCGAAGUGGGAUACCUGGUGCUCACUGAUUGUCAAUGAUGAAUUGACUCGCACCGGAUUUGUCGGUGUAAUCUGGGGCCUCGGUGGUGGGAACGGUAUUGGUUGCCCUCCUAUUGCAAAAUUCGGGACCCCAGCACAGCAGAAGCGCUGGCUUCCGGGAGUUGCGAAGGGUGACCUUCGAUUUUGUCUGGGAAUCACCGAGCCUGACGCCGGAUCAGACGUCGCAGGCAUCAAAACCACUGCCAAGCGCGAGGGCAACUACUAUAUCGUCAAUGGAUCGAAGAAAUGGAUCACCAACGGCAUCUGGGCGGAUUACUGCACGGCGGCGGUCCGGACAGGGGGAGACGGACGGUCGGGCAUCAGUCUGCUCGUGAUUCCGUUGAACGCUCCUGGAGUGACUCGCAAAAGAAUGUUCAAUUCGGGUGUCAAUGCCAGCGGCUCCACCUUCAUCGAAUUUGAUGAUGUCCAUGUCCCCAUCGAUCACCUCAUUGGUGAGGAGAACAAAGGGUUCCCCCUGAUCAUGUCGAACUUCAAUCCUGAACGUCUCGCCCUCGCAUGUGCAUCUCUUCGGCUUGCCCGGGUAUGCGCAGAAGAUGCCUUUCACUAUGCUAUGCAACGCGAGACCUUUGGCUCUCCAUUGAUUCAAAAGCAAGCGAUUCAGGCCAAAAUCUUUAAAUUCGGCCUGAUGAUUGAACCGGCAUACGCGUUCAUGGAGCAACUUGUGAACAUCUUGGAGUUGACCAAAGACCGACCCGCUGACGAGGUCAACAUCGGCGGCAUGACCGCUCUGUUAAAAGUGAUGUCCACAAGAGCACUGGAAAAGAGUGUGCGCGAGGCUCAGCAGAUUCUUGGCGGUGCAGGGUACAACAAAGCCGGGAAAGGGGCAAGGGUCGAGCAAAUCAGCCGAGAUGUCCGUGUCCACGUUGUCGGUGGAGGAAGCGAGGAAAUCAUGAUGGGUUUGGCGCUACAAGAGGAGACCAAGGCUCUUCGAACUCGACGAAUGGCGCUGGAAAAGCGACAUUCCAAGAUCUAA